AUGAGCCACGGUCCGCGUCGUAGGCAGCGCAGGGCGCCACGCCCGAACCAGCCGCAGCGUCCCACACAGCUCAUAAAUAGCACUGUGUCUGUGGACGCUCCGCAGGACCAGGCCCUCUCUCAACAUCUGCUCAGACAGAACCAAGAGCUGAAGCUACAGUUGGAAAGGGAACAGGAGAGGAACCAGGCCUCCCAGGAAGAGCUUCUCACACAAAUAGAGAACCUCAAACUGGAUGUAGAGCGGGAUCCAGGCGAGAUUUGGGCCUUCAAAUCUCGCCACCAGGCUCAGUGCGAGCACUGGAUGGAGUACAUUGAGAAUCAGCACAAGAAAGAGCUGGAAGAAAAAGAUAAAGUCAUCAGCAGUUUAGAGGAAAAGGCUGACGACGCUUUUCGUGACCAGGUGCAGGAGGCCAAGGAAGCUGUGGAGGACGAGAUACGCAAUCUGUCUGAAAGAAACGUUAAGCUCGAAAUCAUGCUGGACCAUCUAAGUGAGAGAGACCAGGCCACAGUCACAGCCCAGAGACAUGUGGAGCAGUUAGAGACAGAGACGCAUAAGCUGUCAACAACAGUGGACUCUCUCACAUCUGCCCUGAACCAGGAGAAGAGUCUCACCAGUGAAGCUGAGCGCAAACUGCAGGAGAAGGAGACAGAGACGCAGAAGCUGAAGACACAAGUGUCCGCCCUAAGAUCUGCACUGGACCAGGAACAGCAGGCCACCAGAGAGGCCCAGACCUCCCAGAGUGCUCUGCAGCAGCUGGUAGAGAAGCUCAAAGAGAAGCUUCAGACUGAACAGGAGAAGAUACGGGCCUUCAAAGCACAGUGUGAGAAUGUCCAGAAUGAGCACCUCAAAGAGCUGGAGGCCAAAGAGUGUGAGAUCACUCAUCUGAAACAGCAGAAGGCUUCUGCUUUUCGUGCACAAGUGGAGAAAGCCAGAGAAGCUGUGUGGGCGGAGAUCGCAGACCUUAAAGUCGCCAACUUUGACCUCGAGGAAGAGGUGAUGAAAAGAGACGAGCAAACCCAGGCCCUCCAGGACACGAUCACCCAGAGGUCCAAAGAGGAGAAAAGUCUGAAAUAUCAGGUGACCGAGCUCAGACAGGCCCUGCACCAGGAGAAACAAGAGACUGAGGCUUUGUGGAGCGAGGUGGAGGAACUAAAGAACAACCAGAUGCAAAAUACUACAGAAAGUCCUGCCUGCGACAGAGACGUCUGGGAAGUCCUCAAAGAGAAGCUUCAGCAGCUCCAUCGAGAACAGCUGUGUUCAGAGAAACAGAGCCGGCUGAUCCUGGAGCAGCAGGUCCAGAAGCUGUCUGAGGACCUGACCUCCUCUGAGGACUACAACACUGUUCUGGAGCUCCAGGUUCAUGAGCUCCAGGACGAGGUCAACGGGCUUCACAAGAAGAAGAAGAGGAGGAGUAGGAGUUGGUGGUGUUUCUAA